AUGGCGCCGGGCGGCCGACGAGCUGGCGACGGCGCCGGCUGUAGCCCGGGGAAACCCGCCCGCCGCGCCUGCGCACUACGCCGCCGCCGCCGACCGGGAAGUGCGGCUGCCGGGAGCCGCCGCGCCUCCCGCGAGCUCUCGCGAUACCACCGCUCCAUGGGGAGACGAGGGGCGAACGGCGGGCGGGGCAGCGGGGCACCCGGGUCCCGGGCCGAGAAGUGGCCGCCUGCGUCUGCCAGAAAGGAACCCCAAACUCAAGAAUGCCCCCGUCCGAAGAAGUCGAAGCGACCCGGCCCUCGGCCAGCCCCGCACCGUCCCCCCGCGAAACUGACACCCUCGGGCGCGCAGGCGCGAGCUAGUCCGCGAGCUGGGAGCCCGGGCUGCUUCCGCGCUGACCCUGCCCCGGAGGCAGCCGGAAACCCACACCCGGACUCUGCGCGCGGGGUGACCGCCCACUUCAGUUCGCGGGUUCCUUGACGGAGCAAGGGAGAAUGUAUGGAGAGGGGAUCCCCAGAGCAAGCUGGAGGCGUCUCCAAGCCCCUCAACCCACACCAGCUUCCCAGGAUCUCCAAGCCUCUGAUGGAGAAGAGGCGACGGGCACGCAUCAACAUGUCCCUGGAGCAGCUGAAGUCGUUGCUGGAAAAACACUACUCACACCAGAUCCGGAAACGGAAGCUGGAGAAGGCAGACAUACUGGAGCUGAGCGUCAAGUACAUGAAAAGCCUUCAGAACUCGGUGCAAGGGCUCUGGCCGGUCCCCCUCGGAACUGAGUUCCCGUCGGGCUUCCGCAGCUGUCUGCCUGGCGUUGGCCAGCUUCUGCGGCGCGGAGAAGAGGGCGGCGGUGGCCUGCGCUGCCCCCUGGCGCACGAGCGCGCAGGUGACAGCACCAUGGACAGCGCCGGCCCGAGCCGGGAGGCACCCGAGCCGCUCGGCCCCUGCGCCCCCGCCAUUUGGGCCCCUGCUCCGGCCACCGGCGGCUCGCGGUCCCCUCCACCCCGGCUCCUCUUCCCUGGAGGUCUUCCCGGCCCGUCCUCCAGCGUCCCGGGGCCGCAGCCGGCACCUCGCCGCUGCACCGAGAGCCCGGGACCGCGUCUGGGCGUUUGGCGGCCCUGGUGA